GAGUAACUGGGCGUACAAUUAAUUAACGUGCGAUGCCAGUCGGACAAAACCUUUGCGUUUUACCUCGCCUCACCCUACUUCAAAGAGACAUUUCGUGACAAAAUUACUUUUGUUACGGCGUCGUCGUGACGAAAUUACUUUUGACGUCAGAAAGCUUUCGUUUCCCCAAACGACUCCGACUUUCAUCGCCAUUUUGCCUGGAAUUAGCCCAUAAUGCUAGCGGCCGCAUUAAAUGUAAAUUGCCUUACCGAGUAGUUUUAAAUUGUUUGCAAGCCAAUUUAUGUCUGGAGCAGCCAUGCAUGUCACGGGGGUCGUCGGGGAUCUCCACGGUGACGAAUUUAUGUUCUCUGAAAAAGAGAUCAAAGAGUAUGCACAGGAUGUUGGAAUUGAUCCAGAAAAAGAGCCAGAGCUUCUCUGUCUUGCCAAGGAGGCCAUGUUGAGCCAAUUGCCGACAGGAUGGUUGAAGCGUGAGGAUGAGAGCGGGAACAUUUGCUAUUACAACUGCCAAUUAGACACAUGCAUUUGGGAACAUCCCUGCAAAGUGCGCUGUUGUCAGCUAGUGGUUCAAGAGCGGGAGCGCAUCCUGCACGCAUCUGUUGAUGGGAAGUCUGUUGUGAAGAAGAAUAAGAAGAAAUUAAAAAAGAAACACGAGGAAAGGAAAAGGUUGAAGGAAUCCCUCAAAACACAAGGAGACUCAAGAGAGAGUGAUCCAGAACCAACAGAAGAUAGUAACACCAGGGCCAGUUCUGGAGACCACGUUUGCGACUCACCAGAGCAACAGAAUGAGAAGAAUAAGAAGGCUGCAACAGCUGAAAGUUACCUUGAGUGGGCAGCAGCCGGCUUGCAAAUCCUUGAUGAGCACUCUGAUGAAGAAUUUAACUGCUCCGAAGAAGGCAUCAAGGAAUAUGCUCAGGAUCUUGGCAUUGAUCCAGAGAAAGAACCUGGCCUUGUGUAUCUUGCCAAAGAGGCCAUGUUUGCAGGACUUCCUCCUGAUUGGAUUGCUUUUUUAGACAAGAGUGGGAAUAUUUUCUUUCACAACCACCAAUCAGCUACAUCCUCAUGGGAUCAUCCUUGCGACGUGCACUACCGCAAACUGGCGGCUCGGGAGCGCAAGCGCAUACAGGAGGCUGCUCUCUUGGCAUCAGAAGGCAAACAGAACAUGGAGAAAACAAAUAGCAAUUGCAGAGCCCCUGAUGCUGAUUCAACAGAGGAUGUGAGCAAGCCAGAAGUGGCUGACAAGGCCGAUUCUAAGAACCACAGCACUGAAAUGCCACAGCAUCAAAAGAAGAAUUCACGUAGUGUUUGUGUAGAUUCAGCAGAAGAGAUUACAAAGACCAAAACUGAAUCAGCACAGCAACAGCUGUUGGAAGAGCUGUUGGAUUCCGCGCAUAUUUUGGCAACAGACACUGAAAAAGUGGGAAAUGAAGAGGAAAAAUGUGAAAACGUUGGGAUUGCCAUGAGGGAUAAUGAUCAUGCAGACAAACAACUUCUAAAAGCUGCUCCUCAAUUACCUAAUCCCUCAAAUUUCAAGAGCGCAGCAAAAGAAAACCAAAACUAUGAAAUCACACCAGAAGAGGAGAUGGGAGAAAGGGAAGAGAAGUGCAGGACUGACAAAGAGCAGGGUGAUCUCAGACAGAAAAAUGUUGUGAAGGAGGACACAAAACAUUUAAUGAGGGAUGAGUCAACAAUGCAUAUUCUCCAUAAAGAGAUGAAGAGAGGGGAAGUGGGGGAGGUUUGGCUGUUGAAAAGUGAAAUGGAAAUUGGAAUGCAUCACCCCAACAAAGAGCUCAUACAAGAACUGGUCACCAGUUUUACUGGGGACAAAGGGAAAGAAGGACAAAUCCAUAAGGAACCCCUGAGGAGAGAGAAGGAGAGAUCGUUGAAAAAGGGGCGCUACCAGGAGCAGCUGAAGAGAGAAGAGGAGGAGGAAAUGGAGAGACUGAGACUCGAAAAAGUGACAAGGCAGCUCUACCAUGAACAACAAAGGAGGGAGGAAGAGAUGGAGGCAGAGCGCUUAAUGAGGGAAAAGGAAACAAGAAUCCAGCUCUACCAGAUGGAGCUGAAAAGGAAGGAAGAGGAGGAGAUGGAGCGCUUAAAGACGGAGAUGGAAACUAGGACAUGUCACUAUAAGAAGGAACUGACUAUGGAAGAAGAGAAAGAGGUGGAACAAUUUAAAAGGGAAAGGGAGAAUAAAAGACAUUUCUUGCAGGAGGAGCUUAGGAAAGAGGAGGUGGAGGAGGAAAAGCAAAUGGAGCAGUUGAAGAAAGACAAAGAGUUGAGAAGACAGAACUACCUCGAGAAACUGAGGAAGGAGGAAGAGGGAGAAGUUGAACAGUACAAGAGGGAAAAAAAAAUGAGAAUUUGCCUCCUGAAGACGGAGGAAGAUACAGAGGUGGAAAGAUUCAAGCGAGAGAAAGAGAUGAGAGCAAGUCUCCGCCUUGAGGAGAGGAAGAAAGAAGAGGAGGAAGAGGCAAAGACCUUCCAACAGGACAAGGAGACCAGAAUGCAUCUUUUUCAGAAAAAGAUGAUCCAAGAAGAAGAGAAGGAAAUGCAACGGUUGAGGAAGGAAAAGGAGAAGCAAAUACGCUUUCACCAGGAGGAGCUGAGGAGAGCGGAAGAGGAAGAGUUGGAGCGAUUAAAGGCAGAGAAAGAGGCAAGAAUGACUCAGCAGUGGGAACAGCAAAGCAGAGAACAAGAGGAUAAGAUGUUGAAGAGCGAGGAGAUGAGAACAAAAAUUGAGGUUGAGAAAAAAGCGCCCUUCUCUCAGGAGGCGCAAAGGGGAGAGGAAGCGGACGAGAAAGAGCAGUUGAUGAUGGACAAGGAGAAGAAAAUAGCUCUCCAUCUGGAGGAGCUGGGGAGAGACGAAGAUAAGGAGAUACAGUGGUUAAAACAAGACAAGGAGUCUCGAGUGCAACUCUGUCACAAAGAGUUAAUUCGAGGGGAAGAGGAGGAGAUGAAGAGAUUGAAGACCGAGAAGGAGGAACGAAUUCAAUGUCGCCUGCAGGAGCUGAGAAGAGAGGAAGAGGCACAGGUUGAGGAGUUGAAGAGGGAGGAGACCAGAAUAAGGCAUGAGAUGCGCAUCUGCAAGGAGAAGUCAAUGAGAGAACAAGAAGAUGAGGCGGCGCAGUUAAGAACAAAGAAGGAAAUGAGAAUGCGCUCAUGCCGGGAAGAGCUGAAAAAGGAGGAAAAGGAGGAGGUGAAGCGGUUGAAAUCUGAAAUGGAGAGGAGAAUCGACCUUGGCCGUGAAAAGCUGAAGAGAGAGCAAGAGGAGGAGGAAGAGCAGUUGAAGAGUGAGAUGGAGGCAAGAAUGUGCGUCCAACGCGAUAGGCUCGCAAGAGAAGAAAGGGAAGAGGUUGAGCAACUGAAUACUCAAAAGAGGGUAAAAAUGGAACUCUACCAGGAGAAGCUAAAAAGGGAGGAAAAAGAGGAGGAAGAACGGCUCAAGACGGAAAAGGAGGCUAGAAUAGGUCUGUGUUGGGAAGAGUUAAGGAGAGCGGAAGAAGAAGAGAUGGAAGAGUGUAAGCGGGAGGAGGCAAGAUUAAAGUCCGAGAUAGAAAUGAGGAUGCAUCUCUUUGAGGAGGGUCUCAGGAAAGAGGAAGAGCACGAGGUAAAGGAGUUGAGGAUGGAGAAGGAGGUCAGAGUGCGCCUUCGCCGGGACAAGUUGAGAAAGGACGAAAUAGCGGAGGUGAAACAGAUGAAGACAGCCAAGGAGACAAGAAUACAUCAACGCAGGCAGGAGCUGAGGAGAGAGGAAGAGGAGGCCAUGCAGCAGCUGAAGGCGGAAAAAGAUGUCAAAAUGCAUCUUAACCGGGAGGAGUUACGUCGGGAGGAAGAGGAGGAGUUGGAGCGCUUCAAAGAGGAAAAAGAAAUGACAAUGCGUCGCUGCCGAGAGGAGCUAAGGAGAGCGGAAGAUGAGGUGGAGAAGUUGAAGGAGGGAGAGAGGGAGAAAAAGAAAGAAACUGAGAGGAGAUUGCGUCUUCGCCAGCAGGAGCUGAUACGUGAGGAGGAGGAGGAGUUGCAGCGGUUGCGGACGGCAAAGGAGGCAAGAAUGAGCGUGUUCCAGGAAGAGCUGAGGAGAGAGGAAGAAGAGGAGGCUGAGCGUUUAAAAAGUGAAGUUGAGAGGAGAAUGCGUCUUCAACAGCAGGAUCUGAUGAGAGAGGAAGAAGAGGAGCUCGAGCACCUGAAGACGGUGAAGGAGGCAAAAGUGAGAGACUACCUGGAGGAACUCAGCAAAGAGGUCAACGAGGAGUUUGAGUGUUUGAAGAGGGAGAAGGAGAUGCAAAUGCACUUCCAUCACGAGGAGAUGAGGAGAGAGAAAGAAGAAGCCGCCGAGCGCCUGGAGACUGACAGGGAAAGCAGAAUACUGUUCCACAUGGAGGAAAUGAGAAGAAAAGAAGCGGAGGAGGUGGAGCAGUUUAUGAGGGAGAAGGAGAUGCGGUUAAAGGCAGAGAUGGACAAAAGAAUGAGCGUUUUGCAGGAGGAGCUCAGAAGAGAGGAAGAGGAGAAUGCCAAACUUUUGAAGAGGAGGAAGGAGAUGAAGAUCAACAUUUACCAGGAGGAGCUGAGGAGAGAAGAGGAGGAGGAGGCGGAACGUAUGAAGAGGGAAAAAGAAAGCAGAAUGUGUCUCCGCCAAGAGGAGCUGAGGAAGGAGGAAGAAGCGGAGGCGGAGCUUUUGAAAAGAGAGAAGGAGGCGAGAGCGUACCAGCGAAAGAAUGAGCUGAAGAGAGAGGAAGAGGAAGAGGACCGGUUCAAGAAGGAGAAAUUGAAGAAGAUGCGCGGCCGGCAGGAAAAGCUGCGGCGAGAGAGAGAAGAAAGUGUGGAGAGGUGGAGGAAUGAAAAGGAGACCCGGCUGCGUUUCCGCCAGGAGAGGGCCAAGGUCAAGAAAACGUGCGUGCGCCAGGAGGACGUAAUCAAAGAGGAGGAUGCGGAAUCACUAGCGAGGGAAAAGGAGAAACCGCUAAACGAAGAGGCAGAACUACUAAGGAAGGAAAAGUUAAUGCUUUCAUACAAAGAAGAGGAACAGGGAGAGGGCGUCGUGCAGCUCAAGAAAGGGUGGAAACAGCCAAGGGAGGACAACACCGAUCCGCUUCAGAGAGAAAAUGGAACCAAAAGUCAUUUUCUCCAGGAGAGGAUACAGCGAGAAGCGGACGCGUUGAAGAGCGAGAACAGAACAUGCCUCCGUCUGGAGAAACUGACAACAGAGAAAGAGGGAGAGACCGCGAACACGGAGAAGAGACCGGGUGCACACCAGGCGAAGCUGAGAGAGGAAAAAAUGGCAGACUAUUUGAAACGGGCGAACCCCAAGCCACUGCGUCUCAGUCAGGACAAAGUGAGCACGGAGGAGGAGGAGGAAGAAGAAGAGGAGGAGGAAGAGGAGGACACUGAGAAAGUGAAGAUGGAAAAGGAGAAGAGGACACAGCUCCGCGAGGAGGAACUGAGGAGGGAGGAAGCGGACGAGAUGGAGCGGCUCAAAAAGGAAAAAGAGCAAAGAACGCAGCGCCGCCAGGAGGAGCUCAGGAGACAGGAACAGGAGGAGGUGCAACGCUUGAAAAGGGAAAAGGAAACGAGGAUUCUACUCCGCCAGGAGGAGCUGAGGGGUGAGGAAGACGAGAAGGUGCAAUUUUUGAAACGGGAGAAGGAGAGAAAAACGCAUCUCCUCAUGGAGCAAUUGAAGAGAGAGGAGGAAGAUGAGGUGGCACGGCUGAAGUGGGAAAAGGAGAAGAGAACACGUCUUCUGCAGGAGAAGCUCUGGAGAGAGGAAGAGGAGGAGAGGUUGAACCGAGAGAAAGAGAAAAGAACACGUCUCCGACAAAUGGAGCUGACCCGACAGGAGGAAGAGGAGCGGCUGAAGAAGGAGAAGGAGAAAAGAGCACUUCUUCGCCGGGAGGAGCUGAGUAAGGAGGAGGAGGAAGAGGCUGAGAGGUUAAAAAGGGAAAAGGACCAGAGAAUGCUUUUACACCAAGAGUAUCUGAAGAAUGAGGAAGAGAAAGAAGCCGAAAGGUUAAAAAGGGAAAAGGAAAAACGAAUGCGUCUUCUCCUGGAGGAGCUCAAGCGGGAGGAGGAGGAAGAGCGCUUGCAAAGGGAGAAGGAAAAGAGGAUACGCCUCUGUCUGGAUGAGCUUCAAAGAGAGGAAGAGGUGGAGAUGGUCAGGCUCAAGAGGGAAAAGGAAAAGAGAAUGCGCCUCUGCCAGGAGAGGUUAAAAAGAGAAGAGGAGGAGGAGGUGGAGAGGUUAAAGAGGAAGAAAGAGAAGAGAAUGCAUCUUCGCCAGGAAGAGCUGAGGAGAGUGGAAGAGGAGGAGUUGGAGCAGUUAAGGAAUAAGAAAAUCGGCCUCUUCCAACUGGAUCUGCAGAGCGAGCACGAGUUGGAGAGAUUGACUCAUAAGAAAGAAAAGAGAAUGCGUCUUCAUCAGAUGGGCCUGAGGGGAGAAGAGGAGGAGAAGAAACUGAAGUCGGAGUACAAGGAAAGGUUGAGGGCUUUGCGGCAGUGUCUGCUGGCCAAGAGGAGGGAUGAGGAGGCAUUGUUGAUGUCUGACCAGAAGGAGGAAUUAACAGAAUCUGUACAGAAAAAGAGAGAGGAGGAGCAAUUUAAAAUCAGGCAGGACCGUGAAGCUGUUCUGAGAGCACUUUGCAUUGCGCUGGAAGGAGAAAGGCAUCAAAACGUUGACCUGUCCGAUCACCCCCCGCAAAGGAGGCAAUACUUUGACCAUCUGAAGGCAGAAUCCGAAGAGGAGCUGCAGCAGGAGAGCAGCAGACAACAGGAUGACGGCAUGAAGAAUUUGAAUUUCUUCAAACCCGAGCUAGGAGACAUGAAGGUCGGCAAUCUGACAGAUUCAAUCUUCAGCGGGACUCUUGAUCUCAUGGGACAGGCCAUCCCGCCCACAUGGCCGAAGUAGCAGGAUCAGCUCUUCUGUGCUUCCUGACCCAAGGUUCAGAAGCACCACACCAUGUCCAGCUGUUCUCAGUUGAUGGGUUUUAAUGUGGGUGUGCAUGCGUGAAUGCAUAUGUAAUUGACUCUGCACUGAACCCUGUCAGAGCUUUCAGUUGUAGGAAAAUCAUUCAAAAUAAUCUUUUUUUUCUUAGAUGCAACUGUGUGUGAUUUUUUCCACAUGGGUAAGCCAUCCAUCCAUUCAUUUGAUACUGCGCUGGCUUAUUGGGUAAUUAUUCUUCGGGUCACGGGUGAUCUCAACAGGCGGCUUGGGGUGAGAGGAGGUGUACAACCCUGGACUGGUCACCAUAAUCACAGAUGGGUGAGCGUUGAUCAAAAAUUUCAAAAUUGAACAAAUCUUCAUUCGUGCAUGGAGGCGUCAACCCAAAUUCUGGUUCAAAAAUCGAAGUCUGUUGCUGCUGUUUUUCCUGCAGCAGAAAUACCAUACUUGUACUAGAGCUCACGAACUCUAAAUGUCAAAUGUUUGAUGUACUUUUGACUUUGUUGAAUCUGAUUUGCCUCGUGGGGGCCAAAUUCAGGGUUCAGUUGUGUCUGUGGUGCGUAGUUACAGACCUGCCUUGAAAUAAAUUCUGUCGCGAAUCGCUGAUAAAUUUUCAUGUUUCACAAUU